GAGCUGGUGGAUGCGCCGUGCUUGGAGCUCAGUGGGGACCUGUUGAUAGCCCACCGGCGGUGCAAUGGGAGGUGCCAAACAGAGAAGAAUGACAUUUAACUGAGGCAGAGCAUCACAGAGAAACAAUUCAUCAGAACAAUCUGUCAGGCUGCGAUGGAGAUCAUGGAUACUCAGUGUGCCUUGGAGGCUGUCGAGAGACUGCAAGCCAGACUGAAGGAGAGAGGAGAGGCCCCCACGCAGGAGAAACUCUCCCUCCUAAAGACCGUCCUGCAGAGCCCCCUGUUCCAUCACAUACUCAGCUUACAGCGAGCUCAGCGGAAGCCCCCAGCGAAGUCUUACCAAGGGAAGGGCAUUUCCAAAUCUGUGUCCAUGAACUGCGGCCCCUGCCAGGGCAUGCCACAGGGACUGAGCCACAGUGACUCAUACACAUGGGCCAUGGAGAACCGAAGGCCCAGCACUGCCAGAUCCACGCACAGGGACGGCAGCAUGUCUUCUCUGGGCUCGCACGAUCUGUCUUUCUCUGGCAUUUACCCAGACAAGUGCAUUCAAACUGAAUCCCAGUACUGCACUCCCCCUCGAAUCUCCCGAACCAUGUCGAUGGGGAGAAACCUGUCUGCUAUUGCUCACGAGAAACGUCACGUGGAGAUGAUAGAGCUGACCAACGAUGGGAAAGGCCUUGGCUUUGGCAUCAUAGGAGGCCGAAGCACCGGAGUCAUGGUUAAGACCAUCCUUCCUGGUGGAGCUGCUGGACAGGAUAAGCGUCUGCGUAGCGGAGAUCAAAUUCUGCGUAUCGGAGAUACAGAUUUGGCGGGCAUGAACAGCGAGCAGGUGGCACAGGUGCUGCGAAACGCCGGUAGCAAGGUGAAACUGCUCAUCGCCAGGGAUAUCAUUAAGGACAGCCACCUUUCCUCACCUGUACCCAGCCAUGGCAGCUUGGAGGACAAGCUCAGUGACUUGAAUGACGACUAUGAAUUCAGCGUGCAGUUCACUAAAAACACUCGCGGCCUGGGAUUCACCAUUUCCAGCUACAUAGGUGACUUAAACUCAGUCUACAGCGCCGGUGUGACCGUGAAGAGCAUAGUGAAAGGCAGCGCUGUCGACCACGAUGGACGCAUCCACAUCGGAGACAUCAUCCUAUCUGUGGACGGCCUGAGCCUACAGGGCUGCAGUGAGCAGCGUGCCAUGGAGGUGCUGAGGAGGACGGGUCCCCUGGUCAGACUGAGGUUGCUGAGGAAGGCUGUCCGUCUGAGUCACAUCCUGCCCCCGGUUCCUCCCCUGCAGCCCCUCCGACACUCCCACAGCUUCAGCGAGGGCAAUCCCUACAGAGUGGGCCUCAACAAGAUUCAAGAGACAGGAAUCUGCUCGCUGCGUGAGAUCUCCCGGCGUGCAGCAUACGCCAACAGGCGACCCCGACACGAUUCCAGAAACGGUGUGAAGCUGACACCAGCUGAGGAGGAAGACCUGAGGAAGAGGUGGCAGCAUGCAGUUGGCCCACGCUAUGAAGUUAUUGUGUGUCACCUGGAGCGUUUCGGCGAGACAAGUGGUCUUGGCAUCAGUCUGGAGGCUCGGGCGGGACACCACUAUCUGUGCUCCAUCUUACCUGAGGGGCCCGUCGGCCAAAGCGGCAAGAUCUUCACCGGAGAUCAAAUAUUGGAGGUGAAUGGGAUCCCUCUCAUUGGGGAGACACAUAAGGAGGUGGUCAAUAUUCUGAAGGAGCUGCCCAUGCACGUUUGCCUGGUGUGCUCCCGCAUCGUACCCCCCGUAAUCCCCGACAGCGAUGAGGAAGAUGACGGCGAUGACGUCCGUCUCACCCUGAAAGAGCUGCUGGCCGAGUUCAACGACAAGUUGGACCAGGGCUGUGUCAUUCCCUGUCCUACGGCUGAGGACAUCACCAAGCGUGGCGUCCCACCCAUGUCACCUCCUCUGGCCAUGUGGGAGAGAGAGGCUCAGGUGGUUGAGCUGGAGAAAGGCGAGUCGGGACUGGGCUUCAGUAUCCUGGACUACCAGGAUCCAGAAGACGCCACUAAAACUGUUCUGGUAAUCCGGUCCCUGGUGCCUGGAGGCGUAGCAGACCGAGAUGGCCGCCUGCUACCCGGUGACCGACUCAUGUUUGUUAAUGAAACCGAUUUGGAAGGUGCCAGCCUGGAUUAUGCCGUGCACGUCCUCAAGUCCACCGGCUACGGCCCGAUCCACAUUGGAGUUGCCAAACCACUGCCGCUGGAACUGUGCGGCGGACUAACACCCAUCUCGGAGGGGAGCGCUCGGGCUUCCUGCGAUGACACCGACAGCCACACUCAGAUCAGCCUGCUAGCCGAGGCAGGGGAGGCUACCACCAACACUGACACUUGUAACUCUGAGGAUAACAGCAUCAUCCAGCCGUGUUACACUGCAACGGAAGACCAGCCGCGUCAUCGCUUCGACAUCAUGGAAGAGGACGACGGGCGGCAGGCACCGCCUCCGCCACCCCGCAGCAGCUUCGAGAGGACGGUCACUGUUGUCCGGGGCAACCGUAGCCUUGGGAUGUCGGUGAGUGCUAUCAAGGACGGCUCAGGCAUGCUGGUGCGCAGCGUGGUCCAGGGGGGCUCUGUUAGCCAGGAUGGCAGGCUAGGGGUUGGGGACGCUAUCUUGGCCAUCAACGGAGAACCCACCUCCAACCUGACCAACGCCAGGGCCAGAGCCAUGCUCCGCAGACACUCUGUCAUAGGGCCAGAGAUGAGAUCUACCCGUGCAGAUCUCGACAGUCGGCGUGACUCGCCUCACAUAACCUAUGUUCCAGCCCAUCAGGUGGACGAGCACCGCAUCCGUCUGCGUUUACCGUCUCUGGCAUCCAUCGCAGCAGAAAACGCUGCUUCUUCUUCCUCACCGAACCCCUCUCCAGAACCCAGAUCCCCCGGUCCAGUCAGAGCAGCGGUUCCAGCUCCACCAGUUCCAGCUCCAGCUCCAUCUUCAUCCACCCUCAAACACUCAGCCUCGGUCAAAUUUAAAGCUGCAGCUCCGGGUCCAGCAGUAGUCACGGCCUCGUCUUCGUUCAAAGGCCCCACCAUCACGCCGGCCCCAGACUCAAGCUGGCAGAUGUCCAGGUCUUUACCUCACAAGAAGAAGAUGGAGGAGGGAAAAGAAGAUGGAGCGACUGUGGAGGAGAAAAAGAAGAACAAGAGUGUUGUAGACGGGAAAGCACCAAAGCUGGAGGUGGAGAUAAAGGUGGACGGUAAAGAGGACGGAGAAGAGGAGCUCCGUUCUCACACCACGGUGGAUUGGGAUCAACCCAGGAGUGUGCGGCUGAUUCGAGAAGCAGGCCAGUCCCUGGGCAUCAGCAUAAUGGGAGGCAGAGGCAUGGGCCGGAGACUGAGCAGUGGAGACAUGAUGAGGGGAGUCUUCAUCAAGCACAUCAGCCCCGACAGCCCGGCAGCACAUAAUGGUACCCUCCGGACUGGAGACAGGAUACUAGAGGUGUGCAGCGUGGACCUGAGAGACGCCAGCCACGAGCAGGCGGUGGAGGCCAUCCGCAGGGCCGGAGACUCCGUGGUGUUCCUGGUUCAGUCUGGACAGCAGAGAUCUCAGUCCCCAAUGCUCAUCAACCACGAGAGGCCGACGCCGCAGUCCAACUCUCACAGCAGCAAGGACGCAGAGACUCUCAGUGGUCUGUUCCUUAGUCUCUCUCCUACAAACCCCUUCACUCCCACCCCCUUUAAGGCACCUUCGCCGACAUCAGACAGAUUGGGUCGGAGAAGCCCCGUAACUGUCACAGCGCCGAUCACGGCGGCAGCAGAAGACGGCGGGGACGACGCCGGCAGAAAAAAGAUGCUUCAGCGUUAUGGCAGCCUGUCCGGGAAGCUUCACAUGAUUGAACUGGAGAAGGACCCUGCAGCUCACGGCCUAGGAAUCCGCCUCACGGGGAACAAGGACGGGUCCAGAGCCCGCAUGGGUGUCUAUGUGGCGGAGAUAGACCCUCAGGGCCCUGCUGGUUUAGACGGGAGGAUAUGGGUUGGUGAUGAGCUGCUGGAGAUCAACGGUCAGAUCUUGUACGGCCGGAGUCACCAAAACGCCUCCACCAUCAUCAAUAACGCCCCGGCUAAAGUCAAGAUCAUUCUCAUCAGGAAUAAAACAGAUCCGGGUCAGACGACCCAGGAAACCAGAACAGAGUGUGAGGACAGAGUGGACUCUGCAGAGCCUGGAGGAUUAUCCAGAGACACCCAGCACAUCACUCUGCCUCAGGAUCACGUAGAUCUUGGACUCUGCCUGGAGGAGUCCAAGGAAGGAGUGGUUGUCAGGUCCUUGAUCCAUCACGGCACAGCCAGUAAGGAUGGCAGGAUAAAGGUUGGAGACAGAAUCGUAGCAGUGGGUGAUGAACCUGUGGCAGGACUGUCAGUGGACAAGGUGUCCAGUUUGAUUCUCAAACACCGGGUCACUGUCAAGCUCUCCAUCAGCCGCUCCAGGAGCCUCCCUCCCUCCUCUCCCCUGUCGUCUCUCACCGAUCCCUGCUCUCUCUCCCCUGCUUCCUCCCUGACUCCCCCCGCCUCCUCCUCCUCCUCCGCUUCCUCUCCAUCCCUCAACACCACGCAGACCUCCCCCACGGGGCUGUCUGAUUGGCUCGGAUCGGCUCCUGCGACUUGUUCCGACCCCCAGAGCUGCCCGGUUGUGGCUGGCAGGGAAUCGACCAUAGAGAUUUGUAAAGGGAGCGUCGGCCUGGGCCUCAGCAUCGUGGGAGGAUGUGACACUCUGCUGGGGGCAGUAAUAAUCCAUGAAGUAAAUUAUGGAGGAGCAGCACAGAGAGAUGGAAGGCUGCAGGCUGGAGACCAGAUAUUAGAGGUAAACGGCAUAGACCUGCGGCAGGCCACUCACGAUGAAGCCAUCGGCGUGCUGCGGCUCACCACCCAGCGCGUUCGCCUGUGCGUCUUCAGGCACCAGGAGGCCUACAGGGAGGAGGACCUGUGGGACGUCUUCAGCCUGGAGCUGAGGCCUCGACCCGGAGAGGGGCUGGGGUUCACCACUGUGGGCAAGAGUAAUGACACGGGCAUCUUUGUGUCAGAUAUCAUCAGAGGAGGCGUAGCAGAUUCAGAUGGCAGGUUGUUGCUAGGUGACCAGAUUCUGUCAAUCAACGGGGAGGACGUCCGCGCGGCAUCGCAGGAACACGCACAGAAGCUUCUGCAGGGCUGCAGUGCAGCGGUUCACCUGGAGGUGGCGCGCUUUAAAGCCGGACUGCAGUACUCACAGCGCAGCCAGGAGUACUUUAAGUUGUGUUUUAUCCAGAGCGAAGACUCCUCCGACUGCUCCACCCUGACCCCAUCAAGAGGAUGUGAUGCUUCCAUCGGCCACCAGAGGGAGACAGAUAACAAACCAGGGAGCGACUCAUUUCAGGACUACCCCGGCAUCAGAAAAGUAAUAAUACAGAAGGGUCCACGUGACUCCCUGGGCAUCAGUGUAGCAGCAGGAGGAGUGGGCAGUCCCCAUGACAACGUACCUCUUUUUAUUGCUUCCAUGGAUACCAAUGGACUGGCUGCCAAAACACAGCAAUUACAGACAGGAGACCGGAUCGUCAGUAUCAAUGACGUGUCCACGGAGGGAAUGACUCACGUCCAAGCUGAACUCUUGCUGAAGAACGCCACCGGAAGCGUCAGUCUGCAGGUGGCGGCAGGUUCCGGCGGCUGCAGCACAAAGGACCACAAUGAUGUGCACGUCCGGUCGGCAGGCCAACCCAGCAGCCUGCCUCGCUUUCACAACAACCUCCGCACUCGCAUGUACAAGAGCAUCACUCUGGAGAGAGGCUCGUCGGGCCUGGGCUUCAGCAUCGUAGGAGGGUUCGGCAGCCCUCACGGAGAUCUGCCCAUCUACAUCAAAACCGUCUUCAACAAGGGGGCGGCCGUGGAGGACGGCAGGCUGAAGCGCGGCGAUCAGAUCAUCGCCGUGAACGGACGCUGUCUGGAGGGCGUGACUCACGCGGAAGCCGUGGACAUCCUGAAGAAGACCAAGGGAACCGUAGUCCUCACUGUGCUCUCCUGAGACGCAGCCUAAUGUAAUGUAGCCUCCAAACGUGGAGAGUUAAAGUGAGAUUUGAUUUGUGUAGAAGUGUGAAUGUAUCUGUCCUUAGUUUGGGGAAGCUACCUCUGACUGCACACACACACACACACAGCCUGGGUGUGUUUACAUGCACGCAGUAUUCCCAUUAUUUAAAUUAAUGUGUUUAUGUUUUAUGAAUCUUCAUCUCCAGAUCAUGAAUAUUUUUUAAAUGACCACAGGAGCGACGCUCGUAGAAACCAAAGCAAACUAAAGCUGACGUUAAAUAAGCCAACGCUGCAACGCCCCCUGCUGACGAUGACAUGUUGUGUCUUAGUUAUCUCGUUAUCUCUGAUGUAACUUUCUCUUUUUGUAACUAAACGUGACGUCCGUUAAUGCUCAUGCCGGCCGCACGCUGAAUGCAAACAUCUCUUAAGAAUCAAAGUCAUGUGUGUGUUUACUUCACUCUCUCUCUAGACCAGGGGUCUUCAACCAGGGGUCCACGACCUCCAGGGGGUCUGCAGAGGUACUGCAGACAAUGACAGUGACUGAAUGUGAGAAACUACAAACAGUGAUGGCACUUGCACUCCAAUUAGAUGAAUCAGUGGACAUGCAAAGAUGCACAGCUCUUGGCAUUAAAUAACCAAUAAUAAUAUGCAUGAACUUUUAAUCAAUCAUAAACACAUAUAGGCUCGUAACCCAGCAUAUAAAUAGGUUAUUAAUGUGAAAUAAAAGUUAUUAUAGUCCAGGCUUGUACAUGUGGGCUCCCUGUUCUUUGUCUCUCGCCCACGAGGUCCGUGGGCUGAAACAGGUUGAAGACUCCUGACUCGCGUUCAUUCAGAGUUAACCACUGUGAUCGACUCCUAAGACCCAAAAACAUGCCAAGUGCUUCUGCCAAUCUCUCUUUUUUUUAUUAUUAUUAUUUACGGCAUUAAAGGUUUUAGGACAUUUGCUUUUCUUCUUCUUCAUUCUUCAUCAUGACGGCGUGAAUAAUCAUCGCGUGCUCCGUGACAUGAUGUUGAUAAUUAGCAGUGAUAAUCACCGUAUGUUGAACAGAACAGAAAGCAGCUUUUGUUACAUCUGUUAAAAGCAGCUGUUUGAACAUCAGCUGUGUGCGAUUUAUGUAUCGAUUUAUUAUUUAUUGCUUUUUCAUCUUUAACCUGAUUGUUUUUGUUUUUUUAGGGCUUCAGAUAAGUAUUGUUAUAGCGUAACGUGCAAUCUUUCUUUAGGAACCUUCUCAGCCUGUUUUUUAUGGAUGUGUUUACACUUUUCUUCAUUUCAUGUUAGUACUGUAGAGCUGCAACACACACCUGUGCUUGUUGUGUAACGCUGCAUACCUGGAUGUAUUGUA